GUCGGCACGCUAUUCAUGAAUGAGUAGGCACAAUUCAUAUCUCAGCAAAUUGAGACGUUUCGUUACAAAUUUUAUAUUUUUACUAUACCCUUUGAAAUCAAAACCCAUAAAGUUUGCAACUUUUGACUUAUUUUCUUCUGGUUUUCUCCAUUUUGCCCCUGCUUGAGCGUUGAACUAACAUUAACAUUAACAGUAACAGUGUCACUCUCAUCAUCUCAGUUUUGGUUUCAUCAAUAACUCCUUUCUGUUUGUUUCACCUUUUUGCUGUUUCAGAAUUUUGAUGCUAAACAAGUGAGUAGUUUGUUUGUUGUGAAUUGAAGAACAUGGCUUCACUUGGAGAUAUAGGAUUUGCAGCUGCAAUAAACAUCCUUACUGCAAUUGCUUUCUUACUUGCAUUUGCGAUACUUCGGAUUCAGCCUAUAAACGAUAGGGUUUAUUUUCCGAAAUGGUAUUUGAAAGGUUUAAGGACAAGUCCGUUGCAAGGAGGGGCGUUUGUGUCGAAAUUUGUCAAUAUAGACUUCAGGUCAUACGUAAAGUUCUUGAAUUGGAUGCCUGCAGCGUUGAAAAUGCCGGAACCUGAACUAAUUGAACAUGCUGGUUUGGAUUCUGCUGUGUACUUGAGGAUUUACUUAAUCGGGCUGAAAAUAUUUGUCCCAAUUUCACUCCUUGCAUUUUCUGUUAUGGUUCCUGUCAAUUGGACUAAUAACACGUUGGAGCGUUCAAAUGUGGAAUAUACAAGCGUAGAUAAGCUUUCAAUUUCAAAUAUUCCAAUGGGAUCAAAUAGAUUUUGGACUCAUUUGGUAAUGGCUUAUGCCUUUACCUUCUGGACAUGCUAUAUCUUGAAAAGGGAGUAUCAAAUAGUUGCAGCAAUGAGAUUGUCUUUUCUUGCAUCUGAACGACGCCGUCCUGAUCAAUUCACGGUACUUGUUAGGAAUGUACCACCGGAUGCCGAUGAAUCAGUCAGUGAGCUAGUUGAACAUUUCUUUUUGGUCAAUCAUCCAGAUAACUAUCUCACUCAUCAGGUUGUUUACGAUGCAAAGAAACUCUCUAGUCUAGUUGCCCAGAAAAAGAAAAAACAGAAUUGGCUUGACUACUAUGAACUUAAAUAUUCUAGAAACCAAACCAUAAGGCCAACUGUAAAGACUAAAUGUUUAGGCCUUUGUGGUAGUAAAGUGGAUGCUAUUGAUUUUUAUACUGGUGCAAUUGAGAGGCUAUCGAGAGACAUAGAGUUGGAGAAAGAAAAGGUCACGAAGAAUUCUAAAUCUAUAAUGCCAGCGGCUUUUGUUUCCUUCAGAACUCGUUGGGGUGCGGCAGUUUGUGCACAGACUCAACAAACUAGAAAUCCGACGACAUGGUUGACAGAAUGGGCUCCAGAACCCCGUGACGUGUAUUGGGAUAACAUGGCUAUACCAUAUGUUUCACUCACAAUAAGGAGGCUUGUAAUUGCUGUUGCGUUCUUCUUUCUCACAUUCUUCUUCAUGAUUCCAAUUGCAUUCGUACAGUCACUUGCUAAUAUUGAAGGCAUCGAAAAAGCAGCACCUUUCCUCAAAGCCAUCAUUGAAAUAAAAGUAAUUAAAUCUCUUAUACAAGGUUUACUUCCUGGGAUUGCUUUGAAGAUAUUCCUCAUAUUUUUGCCAUCAAUAUUGAUGAUGAUGUCCAAGUUUGAAGGGUUUGUUAGCAAAUCUGCUCUAGAAAGAAGAGCAGCCACAAGAUAUUACAUCUUUCAGUUCAUUAAUGUGUUUCUCGGGAGUAUAAUUACCGGAACGGCAUUCCAACAACUAGAUAAAUUCCUCCAUCAGUCUGCAAAUGAAAUUCCGAAGACAAUCGGUGUUUCGAUUCCAAUGAAAGCGACUUUCUUCAUAACAUACAUAAUGGUUGAUGGGUGGGCUGGAUGUGCUGGUGAGAUUUUAAGAUUGAAGCCUUUGAUAUUUUAUCACUUAAAGAAUUUCUUGUUGGUGAAGACUGAAAAAGACCGAGAAGAAGCAAUGGAUCCAGGGACUUUUGGUUUCAAUACCGGAGAACCUCAAAUUCAACUUUAUUUCUUGCUUGGCCUUGUGUACGCCGUGGUCACGCCAUUUCUACUUCCAUACAUCAUUGUGUUCUUUGGUUUGGCAUAUCUUGUCUACCGUCAUCAGAUUAUAAAUGUGUACAACCAAGAGUAUGAGAGUGCGGGAGCAUUCUGGCCUGAUAUUCACGGACGUAUUGUAUUUGCGUUAGUUAUCUCACAACUUCUGUUAAUGGGAUUAUUGAGUACAAAAGAAGCUGCUAACUCAACUCCACUACUCAUCGCUCUCCCGGUUUUGACAAUAUGGUUUCAUCGGUUUUGCAAGGGAAGCUACGAACCUGCUUUCACUACUCAUCCAUUACAGGAAGCAAUGGUGAAAGAUACAUUGGAGCGUACAAAAGAGCCAAACUUCAAUUUGAAAGAGUUUCUCCAAACUGCAUAUAUCCAUCCAGUUUUCAGAGAUGGUGAUGACUCAGACAGUGAUGCAAUGAGUCAAGAGUGGAAGGAAGAGCCGGUUGUUGUCCAAACAAAACGCCAGUCGCGGAGGAAUACACCUGCACCUAGCAAACAUAGUGGUUCGUUACUGUCCUCGGUGCAUGACACGGGUGAAGUAUGAUGAUGAGCAUUAACAGUCUUAGAGUUAAUGCAGCAUAGUUAUAUAGUUAGAUUGCAGGUUCCUGGAGGUAGCAUAGUUGCCUUGGUUCACAAGUCACUAUAAUAAACAUUGCACAGUGAUUUCCGGAUUUUCUUUUGUACAUAAAUAUGCAAAGCAAGAAAAUUUUGGGAUGAGAGAGAUGACAUAAGGUAUUCAGGUCAAAUUUUAAAAAGUUUUUAUCAAUUGUGUAUCAAAUUUUCAGCAUCUUUGUUUUAUCAAUUAUCUACUUAAUAUAAAU